AUAAUAUAUUUCUUCCUCAAUAUUCUCUUCUUUAGAUCUAUUAUUAUCUUAUUCAAUUGAUAAUAAUUAUAUAUUAUAUUUCUAAUAAAAAGUACAAUGUCUGUUCCAACUAAUCCUUAUGGACCAAAUCCUUCAGAUUUUCUUUCUAAUGUUCGUAAUUUCGAAGUUAUUGAAUCUACUUUAAGAGAAGGUGAACAAUUCGCUAAUGCAUUCUUUACUACUGAAAAGAAGAUUGAAAUUGCUAAGGCUUUAGAUGAUUUCGGAGUUGAUUAUAUUGAAUUAACUUCUCCUGUUGCUUCAGAACAAUCUAGAAAGGAUUGUGAAGCUAUUUGUAAGUUAGGUUUAAAGGCCAAGAUUUUAACUCAUAUUAGAUGUCAUAUGGAUGAUGCUAGAGUUGCCGUUGAAACUGGUGUUGAUGGUGUUGAUGUCGUUAUUGGUACUUCACAAUUCCUUAGACAAUAUAGUCAUGGUAAAGAUAUGAAUUAUAUUGCUCAAUCUGCCAUUGAAGUCAUUGAAUUUGUUAAGUCAAAGGGUAUUGAAAUUAGAUUUUCUUCUGAAGAUUCAUUUAGAUCAGAUAUCGUUGAUUUAUUAAACAUUUACAGAACUGUUGAUAAGAUUGGUGUCAAUAGAGUUGGUAUCGCUGAUACUGUUGGUUGUGCUAAUCCUCGUCAAGUUUAUGAAUUAGUUAAGACUUUAAAGUCCGUUGUCAGUUGUGAUAUCGAAUGUCAUUUCCAUAAUGAUACUGGUUGUGCUAUUGCUAAUGCUUAUACUGCUUUAGAAGCUGGUGCUAAGUUAAUCGAUGUUUCCGUUUUAGGUAUCGGUGAAAGAAAUGGUAUUACUCCAUUAGGUGCUCUUAUGGCUAGAAUGAUUACUGCCGAUAGAGAUUAUGUUUUAUCAAAGUAUAAAUUACACAAGUUGAGAGAUUUAGAAAAUUUAGUAGCGGAUGCAGUUCAAGUUAACAUUCCAUUCAAUAAUCCAAUUACUGGUUUCUGUGCUUUCACUCAUAAGGCUGGUAUUCAUGCUAAAGCUAUCUUAGCUAAUCCUUCAACUUAUGAAAUUUUAAAUCCAUCAGAUUUCGGUUUAACAAGAUAUAUUCAUUUUGCCAAUAGAUUAACUGGUUGGAAUGCUAUUAAGUCAAGAGUUGAUCAAUUGAAUUUGAAUUUAACUGAUGAUCAAGUUAAAGAAGUUACUAAUAAGAUUAAGCAAUUAGGUGAUGUUAGACCUCUUAAUAUUGAUGAUGUUGAUUCUAUAAUUAAGGAUUUCCAUGCUGAUGUUUCAACUCCAGCUUUAAAGCCAACUAAUGGACUUCUUAGAGAAGUUAGUGAAGAACCUUCUGCUAAAAAACCAAAAACUGCUUAAAAGAAUUUUGUCUUUGUCGUAGUUUUUUGAAUCCUUUAGCAGAAAUAUCAAUCUCUCAUUAACAGUCGUCUUUAAAUAAAAUCCAAAAAAAAGUAUCAUAAAAUUUGAAAAAUGAAAAUCAAUAUCAUUAAAUGGACAUUUAUCAUCCUUUUUCAUCCAUAUUUUCAGUUCUUGUUUUCCUGGGUAAUUUUUUUUAAAAAAAAAGAAAGAGAAGGUUAGUCUUUCUACGAUUCAUGACAAUUUUGCUAUUUAUAUUUUAAUUAGUUUUUAGUUUAUUUUUAUUCAUUUUCUUCACUUGUAUUUCACUCAUUUACUUGAAAUAUUAGUAUUUUCAUUAACCCAUAUUUCAAUAUAUAUAGACUGCAAAAAUCUAUUUUACGGUUCCUGUGUAGUCUCGGUAUUAAAAAGUUGCGGUAA